ACAGCGAGACAUCCUCGCAGCCGCCAGUGAGCGCAGCGCUCGCGGGACGCAUAUCCCGCCGGAGUCUGCGCAUCAUUCUCUCUCUCUCCCUCUCUCCUUCUCCCUUUCUCCGCGACGAACAUUGAACGACGGAGAAGGCCACGACCAACCAAGCGAGUUGGUUUCGACCGUGUCGCGUCUCAGAGUGCACGGGAGCCGGAGAUGAGCUGGCUGGCCCUCGCUACGCUGGCCGCCUCGUGCUGCCUGGUACGCUGCCUCGAUCAGCAUGACUCCACCAACGCGGUUCACUUCCCCCCAGCAGAUGAAGGCGAGCAGGGGACCUGCGGGAACACUCAGUAUCGGUGUAGUAGUGGCAAGUGCAUCCCGCGCAAUUGGAUGUGCGAUGGAGAUUACGACUGUCGAGAUGGCUCCGAUGAACUCCACUGCCCCUCCAAAACCUGCAGCACCAUGCAGUUCACGUGCAAAAACGGGCGGACGUGCAUCUCCCUGGGGUGGAUGUGCGAUGGCGAUGACGACUGCCCCGAUGGCUCGGAUGAAGCCGCCGAUGUCUGCCAGGCGACCAUCGUGUGCCCUUUGGGGAAGCACCAAUGCCUGGGCACAGACCUGUGCAUCCCACACAGCAAGCUCUGCAAUGGCAUCAACGACUGCAGUGAUGGCUAUGACGAGGGCUCACACUGUGAAGCAUUAUCGGGGAACUGCACGGAUAUUGGAUGCCAGCACAGGUGCGCUGUAACGAGAGAAGGCCCGGUGUGUUACUGUGAGAACGGCCAGCAAGUGAUGCCUGAUAAAAAGGGCUGCAAAGACUUCGAUGAGUGCGGGCUGUACGGGACGUGCAGCCAGAUCUGCCGCAACACGGCGGGAUCAUUUACGUGCGGUUGCGUGGAGGGCUACGCCCUGCAGCCCGACGGAAGGUCCUGCAAGGUCAAAUACGAGCCCUCGGAGCCGCCUGCGCUGCUCGUGGUGUCCAGCAAGUCCAGCAUCGUGCCGAUGCACCUCAACGGGACGGCGGUUCCGUCCGCGCGUCCCGUGACCGCGUACGCGCCGGGCACGAUGGACUUCAGCUACGCCGGGCACAGGGUGUGCUGGGCAAAUCGCACGGCGAUCACCCCCACCGGGGUCCUGCACUGCGCCACGAUGUCCAGCCUUGGGGCCUUCUCAAGCAAGACGGUCAUUGGUAUUAACUUCGUCAUAUACGGUGUGAAGGAGAUCCGCAUCGACUGGCUGACGGGAAACCUCUACCUGUUGGACGAAAGCUACAACCACAUCGUUGUGUGCGACGCGUCGGGCGCGUUCUGCGUCAAGCUGCUGGAUCUGGGAUCCGAGGCCAUCAGGUCGCUGGCACUCGAUCCCAUUUCAGGGAACAUUUUCUUCACGAUCUUUGGGAGGAACAGCAGGAUCGAGCGGUGCGAUAUGGAUGGGGGCAACUGCACGAAGCUGGUGUACAGCAAGAUAACGUACCCACAGGCCAUUACGCUCGACGUGAUCGCCCACCUCGUCUACUGGGCAGACAUCAGCUUCGACUACGUGGAGGCGGUCGACUACGAGGGCCGCAAGCGGCACAUCGUCUGCCGCCACGUUGAUCGCCUGUUUGGCCUGACCAUCUUUGAAAACUACAUCUACGGGAUCAGCAUCAAGUACAGCGCAAGCGAGCACAUGUCCCUGGUUCGCGUGGACCGCUUCAACAGCAGCGAGGUGCAGGUGCUGGCUCACACGGCGCGAGUCGGCGCCGUCUUCGUGCACCACAGCAGCAAGCAGCCCACCGUACACGGCCACGCUUGCGAGCCGGACGAGCAUGGCCGACGCGGGGGCUGCUCGGACAUCUGCCUCUUCUCCGCCGGCUACAAGGUGCGCAAGUGCCGCUGCCACAGGGGCUUCAACCUGGACAGCGACGGCCGAUCCUGCACAAAACCCAAGCACGAGCUCUUCCUGCUGUACGGGAAGGCGUUCCCGGGCGUGGUGCGCGGCAUCGACAUGACGGGGAGCGUGCAGGACGACUUCAUGAUCCCCGUGGAGAUGUUGGUGAACCCCCGCGCCGUGGACUUCCACGCCGCCACCGGCUUCGUCUACUUCGCCGACUCCAGCCAGUUCCUCAUCGGGCGGCAGAAAAUCGAUGGCACUGCGCGCGAAGUCCUCUUGGCAAACAAUGUCAAGAACGUGGAGGGGAUUUCCGUGGACUGGAUGGGCGGUAAUAUUUAUUGGACGGACGACAGGCUGAAGGCCGUCAAAGUGGCACGCCUGGAGAACGCCUCCCAGUCGUGGAAGACCCUCGUCACGGGGGAGAUGGUGCACCCGAGAUCCAUUGUGGUGGAUCCCUCGCGCGGACACAUGUACUGGACAGACUGGGAGGAGGACCUAAAGAGUAGCAGAAGUGGAAAGAUCGAGCGAGCCUGGAUGGACGGUACCCACCGUGAGGUCUUCGUCUCCUCCAAGACCAUGCUGUGGGUUAAUGGGCUCUCCCUCGACUCAUCUGCGGGAGUGCUCUACUGGUGUGACGCUUUCUUCAACCACAUUUCCAGCAUUGACAUAAACGGCUCCAACCGUAAGGUGGUGUUCAACGGAACUGAGCUGAGCCAUCCUUUCGGCCUGACACACCACGGGCAGUACCUCUUCUGGACCGAGUACCGCCUGGGAUCCAUUUACCGCUAUGACACCAUCAGCAAAAACGUCACGCUCAUCAUGGAGGGAAAUCCGCCAAAUUUCGGCAUCCGCGUCUACGACCGCAACCAUCAGCAAGGAACCAACAAUUGCUCGCGGAGUAACGGAGGCUGCGGUGUCCUGUGUCUCGCCAUCCCGGGGGGCCGGGUCUGCGCCUGCUCCCACGACCAGCUCCUCGAUGGCAACAACUCGACUUGCAGCGUAAACCCAGGGUACACGCCCCCCUCGUUCUGCCCCACCGGGAGUUUUGCCUGCAAAAACGGACGCUGCAUUCAAGACCAGUGGCGAUGCGAUGGUGACAAUGAUUGCCAGGACGGCAGCGAUGAGCUCCCUGAGAUCUGCCAGCAGCACACUUGCAUCUCCGACCGUUUCAAAUGCAAAAACAACCGCUGCAUUCCUAUGCGGUGGCUGUGCGAUGGCGACAACGACUGCGGGGAGAACGAGGACGAAUCCAACACCACCUGCACCGUGCGGACUUGCCCCGCCGAACAGUUCACCUGCGGCAAUGGCAAGUGCAUCCCCAUUGCGUGGAAGUGCGACCUGGACAAUGACUGCUCGGACAAUUCGGACGAGCCGCCCUCCUGUGCCUACCCAACGUGCCUCCCUCUGACGCAGUUUUCUUGCAACAACGGCCGCUGCAUCAACAUCAGGUGGCGCUGCGACUCGGAUGACGACUGUGGUGAUGGCUCCGAUGAACAUCGCUGUUCACUGUUCUACGACAACGACUGCGCGGACAGCAGCGACGAGGCCGGCUGCAACAACACGUGCGCCGACUCGCAGUUCAGUUGCAAAAACGGGCACUGCAUCCCGAGCCAGUGGGUCUGCGACGGCGACAACGACUGCGGCGACGUCAGCGACGAAACCCAUGCCAACUGCACCGCCAACACCGCGCGGCCCCUCCGGCAGUGCCGCGAAGACGAAUUCCGCUGUGCGAUAAACGGGAACUGCAUCCCCUUGCGCUGGCGCUGCGACGGCGACGCCGACUGCAUGGACAUCAGCGAUGAGAAGGAGUGCGACGGGCAGCGGAGGACGUGCAAUCCCGGCACGCACUUCACGUGUGUGAGCAACGGCAUCUGCAUAAGAAAGGCAUGGGUGUGCGACGGUGACAACGACUGCGAGGACAACUCUGAUGAGGCGGGUUGCCACGCGAGGACCUGCACGCCGCCCUUCUUCCUCUGCGCCAAUCACUCUACCAUGUGCCUGGACCCUAAGCAGCUGUGCGACGGGAACAGCGACUGUCCCGAUGGCUCCGAUGAGAGCCUCCUGUGCGACCUAUGCCAGUCGGACAAAGGCGGCUGCAGCCACAACUGCACGGUCACGCCAGUGGAUGGCUUGGUGUGCUCGUGUCCCAAGGGCAUGCAGCUGGGAGAGGACAGGAAGACGUGCAACUUCACGGACUACUGCGCACGCCACCUGCGCUGCAGCCAGCGCUGCGAGCAGGAGAAGGGUGCCGUGAAAUGCGGCUGCUACGAUGGCUGGAGGCUCAUGCUGGACGGGAAGAGUUGCCGCAGCACGGACCCAUUCGUGCCAUUCAUCAUCUUCUCCACGCGCCACGAGAUCCGCCGCAUCGACCUGCACAGCCGCGACUACAGCGUGCUGGUGCCCAGCCUGCGCAACGCCAUCGCCAUCGACUUCCACUUCGGCCAAAGCACCCUCUACUGGACCGACGUGGUGGAGGACAAGAUAUACCGCGGAAAGUUGGCUUUCAGUGGCGGGACGUGGGUCCUGGCAGGUGGUGAGGACAAGCAGCCUUCAAGCACAGGCCUCAGCAACGUGGAAGUGGUGGUGGAGCACGGUCUGGCCACGCCUGAGGGCAUCGCGGUCGACUGGAUCGCUGGCAACAUCUACUGGGUGGAGAGCAACCUGGACCAGAUCGAGGUGGCCCGUCUCGACGGUGCCAUGCGCACCACGCUGGUGGCCGGCAGCCUUCAGCAUCCUCGCGCCAUUACGUUGGACCCGCGCCACGGGAUCGUGUUCUGGACCGACUGGGACGCGUCGUUCCCGCGGAUCGAGGCGUGCUCCAUGAGUGGCAGCGGCCGCCACGUCGUGUACCGCGAGACCGGCGCGGGAGGCUGGCCCAACGGCCUCACCAUCGACUACCUGGAGAAGCGCCUCAUGUGGAUCGAUGCGCGGUCGGACGCCAUCUACUCCGUGCUGUACGACGGCACGGGCCUCAUCGAGGUGCUGCGUGGCCACGAGUUCAUCUCGCACCCGUUCGCCAUCACCGUGUUCGGCGGAGAGGUCUACUGGUCUGACUGGCGCACCAACACGCUGCUGCACGCCAACAAGUGGACCGGCCACAACGUGACCGUGGUGCAGCGCACCAACGUGCAGCCCUUCGACCUGCAGGUGUUCCACCCGUCGCGCCAGCCCAUGGCCGAGAAUCCGUGCGUGGCGAACGGGGGCCGUGGUCCCUGCUCGCACCUCUGCCUCAUCGACUACGAUCGACGGGCUGCGUGCGCCUGCCCUCUGCUCAUGAAGCUCGCCCCAGACCGGCGCACCUGCAAUGAGCACUGGAAGUUCCUGCUGUACGCCCGGCAGAUGGAGAUCCGCGGCGUGGACCCAGACAACCCCUAUUUCAACGCCAUCAUCUCGCUCACGGUACCUGACAUCGAAAACGCGACCGCCGUGGAUUUCCACGCGGCGGAGCGGCGCCUCUACUGGAGCGACGUGCGCUCGCGCGUCAUCAGGCGCGCCUUCAUCAACGGCACCGGCGUGGAGACCAUCGUCACGACAGAUGUGAUGAACACGCACGGGCUGGCCGUCGACUGGAUCUCAGGGAACAUCUACUGGAGCAGCUAUGACCACAACAAGAAGCAGAUAAACGUGGCGCGUCUGGACGGCUCCUUCAAGGCGACGGUGAUAGAGGGUCUGGACAAGCCCCAGGGUUUGGUGUUAAACCCCGCCAGAGGAAAGAUGUACUGGACAGACGGAGACACCAUCAACGUGGCCAACAUGGACGGCAGCAGCCGGAAGGUGCUGCACCCCCAGCAAAGAGGGCCGAUUGGGCUCUCUAUCGACUACGACGAGGGCAAGCUGUACUGGAUCAGCGGCCAGACUGGCAACAUCUACCGUUGCGGCCUGGACGGCACAAUGCUGGAGGCCAUCGAGACCAUGAAGAGCAAGCUCACGAAGCCCACGGCCCUGGCCAUCAUGGGCGACGAGCUCUGGUGGGCCGACACAGCCACCGAGCAGCUGGGAACGUGCAGCAAGAAGGACGGCUCCAAGCCAAAAGUGCUGCGCAACGGCACCGCCGGCAUCGUCUACCUGCGCUCGUACGACCCCGACGUGCAGAAGGGGGAAAACCAGUGCAGCCACCAGAAUGGGAAGUGCAGCCAGCUGUGCCUGCCUCGUGCCACCAACCCCAUGCCCACGUGCCGCUGCACGGCCGGAUUCAACCUCCUGCCCGACCAUAAGACCUGCGAAGGCAUCAGUGCCUUCCUCCUGUACUCUGUGUACAGUGGCAUCCGCGGCAUCCCUCUGGACCCGUCCGACAAGACGGAGGUGCUAGUGCCCAUCUCGGGCACCACGUCCGGUGUGGGCAUCGACUUCCACGCAGCCAAUGACACCAUUUACUGGGUGGACAUGAGGGUGGGCAGCAUCUUCCGAUCCAACCGAGACCAGACGUGGAAGGAGGCCAUCAUCACCGGCGGCCUGGGUCGGGUGCAGGGCAUUGCUGUUGACUGGAUCGCCGGCAACAUCUACUGGAUAGACCACGCGUUUGACGUGAUCGAGGUGGCGCGGCUGAAUGGCUCGUAUCGAUACGUGGUCGUGUCGGAGGAGCUGGACAAGCCUCUCGCCAUCGCCGUGCACCCGCAGAAGGGCUACCUCUUCUGGUCCGAGUGGGGGCACAGCCCCCGGAUCGAGCGCACGCUGCUCGAUGGCACGGAGCGGAUGGCGCUCGUGAACUCCAGCAUCGCGUCGCCCAACGGCAUCUCCAUCGACUACGACGAGGGGAAGCUGUACUGGUGCGACGGGCAAACGGACAGGAUUGAGCGCGUCGACCUGGAGACGGGGGCCAACCGGCAUGUGGUGCUCGUCGCCACCACCAGCGACAUGUUCUCCGUCUCCGUCUUCGGGAGCCACAUCUACUGGAGUGACCGAAUGCAAGACAGCGGCUCCAUCAAGAGGGGCAGCAAGGACAACACGGCGGACGCGGUGGACCUGAGGACCGGGAUCAGCACUCAGCUGAACGAGCUGAAGGUGUACAACAGGGACAGGCAGAAAGGCACCAAUGUGUGCGCGGUGAAGAACGGCGGCUGCGCGCAGCUGUGCCUGUACCGAGGCGCCCGGCGGAGGGCGUGCGCCUGCGCCCACGGGCUGGUGGCGGCGGACGGCGCCUCGUGCGACGCCUACGAUACCUACCUGCUCUACUCGGAGCGCAGCGUGCUCAAGAGCGUGCACCUCUUCGACGAGCGCAACUUAAACUCCCCCGUGCGGAACUUCGAGGACGCGGAGCACAUGAGGAACGCCAUCGCGCUCGCCUUCGACUACCGCUCGCGCUCCGGCUCCGCCCGGGGUCGGCACAGGAUCUUCUUCAGCGACAUCCACUUCGCGAACAUCCAGCAGGUGUACGAGGAUGGCACGGAGCGCAAGGUCGUUGUCGACAACGUUGGCUCGGUGGAAGGGCUGGCGUACCACCAGGGCUGGGACGCUCUCUACUGGACCAGCUACACCACGUCCACCAUCGUGCGCCACUCGCUCGACCAGUCCCGGCACGGGGCGUUCAAGCGCGAGACCAUCGUCACCUUGUUUGCCGACGACCACCCGCGCUCCUUCGCCAUGGACGAGUGCCUCGACCUCAUGUUCUGGACCAACUGGAACGAGCAGAGGCCGAGCGUCAUGCGUGCCUCCCUGUCGGGCUCCAGCGUGCGAGUGAUCGUCAACAGCAACAUCCGCUCGCCCAACGGCCUGGCCAUCGACCACCGCGCGGAAAAAAUCUACUUCUCUGACGCCACCCUCGACAAAAUUGAACGCUGCGAGUAUGAUGGCUCUCACCGCUACGUGAUCAUCCAGUCAGAGCCCACGCAUUCCUUUGGCCUGGCCGUGUACGGCGACUUCUUGUUCUGGACGGACUGGGUGCGGCGCGCCGUGCUGCGCGCCAACAAGUACACGGGCGAGGAGCUGACCCUUCUGCGCCGGGACAUUCGCCAGCAGCCCAUGGGCAUCGUCGCGCUGGCCAACGACACCAACAGCUGCAUGCUCUCGGCGUGCAAGCACGCGAAUGGCGGGUGCGAGGACCUGUGUCUGGUGGAUGAGUACGGCGAGGUGACAUGCCAGUGCCGCGGGGAGCGGACGCUGGUGGACAGAACGAGAUGCGUGGCCAAGGGCAGGUGGUGCGACCUGCAGACCGAAUUCGAGUGCACCAACGGCGACUGCAUCCGCUUCUACCUGACGUGCGACGGCGUGCCCGACUGCAAGGACAAGUCGGACGAGAAGUCCCUCUACUGCGACAACCGUCAGUGCAAGAGCGGCUACCAGAAAUGCCUCAACGGCCGGUGCAUGGAGCAUGAGAAAUGGUGCAAUGGCGUGAACGAUUGUGCAGACAACUCGGAUGAAACUUCCUGCAAAAACGCGACGUGCGCGGACCAUGAGUUCCGCUGUGGUAAUGGCGUGUGCCUCCCCAACGCUACGCGCUGCAACCAGCUGGCGGAUUGCGACGACGUCUCGGACGAGGUCGGCUGCGGCGUCAUGGACUGCAGCCACUUCCACCGGCUGGGCGUGCGGGCGUCCGGCUACGUGAGCUGCAACUCGACGGCGCUAUGCUUGCUUCCCGCCUGGAUCUGCGACGGCGCCAACGACUGUGGGGACUACGCCGAUGAGCAGAACUGCAGAAAGCGGCCGAGUUCUCUGAGCUGCAGCUCAGGAUUUUUCGGGUGCCCAAACGGCCGCUGCAUCCCCGUCGCGUGGAAGUGCGACUCGGAGCCCGACUGCCUGGACGGCGCCGACGAGAAGAACUGCAACUUGCUCUGCGCGUGGGACCAGUUCGAGUGCGGCAACCACCGCUGCAUCAGCAGGCACUGGAAGUGCGACGGGGAGGACGACUGUGGCGACCAGUCGGACGAAGCGGAUGCCCUGUGUGGUCACGUGACGUGCUCAGCCGACACAUUUCAUUGUCCGGACUCGCACGCGUGCGUCCCCGCCACGUGGCUCUGCGACGGCGACAAGGACUGUCCAGACGGCGCUGACGAGUCCGUCAGCAGCGGCUGUGCGUUCAGAGACGUCUGUGGGGCCGACGAGUUCCAGUGCCAGAACAGGCGGUGCAUCCUGCAGCGAUGGGUGUGCGACCACGACGACGAUUGCGGCGAUGGCUCCGACGAGUCCGCAGAGUGCGACUACCCCGUGUGCAAAGCCACCGAGUUCCAGUGCCAGAACAAGCGCUGCCUCCUCGACAGCAGCUGGGAGUGCGACGGCUUCUUCGACUGCCACGACCACACGGACGAGGCGCCCUUGAACCCGCGCUGCUCCCUCGGCGAGAGGAAGUGCAACGACUCGGCGUCGUUCCUGUGCGCCAACGGGCGGUGUGUCGGCGAGUCCCAGCUGUGCGACAACCGCGACAACUGCGAGGACGGCUCUGACGAGCGCAACUGCAACGUCAACGAGUGCUCGGACCGCCGAGUCAGCGGCUGCACCCAGGACUGCAUAGAUCUCAGGAUCGGAUACAAGUGCAAGUGCCGGCCGGGCUUUCAGCUGAAGAACGACGGCAAGACGUGCAUCGACGUGGACGAGUGCCGGACCGCGUACCCCUGCAGCCAGACGUGUGUCAACACCCACGGCAGCUUCAAGUGUCUCUGCGAGGACGGUUACAGGGCCCGGGAAAAUGACAGCAGCAGCUGCAAGGCCCUCUCUGAUGAGGAAGCAGUGCUGAUUUUUGCCAACCGCUACUACCUGCGCAAAGUGAACCUGGACGGCUCCAACUACACCCUGCUCAAGGCGGGCCUGAACAAUGCGGUGAUGCUCGACUUUGAAGUCAGAGAGCAGCGCGUGUACUGGACCGACGUCACCGCGCUAGGCAGCAUGACCCGCCGCAUGCACCUCAACGGCUCCGACGUGCAGAUCUUGCACCAGAGUGUAAACUCUGAGGACGAGCACGGGGUCCUUCACCGGACGAGCCUGAGCAACCUGGACGGCCUGGCAGUCGACUGGGUCGGCCAGAACCUGUACUGGUGCGACAAGGGGCGCGACACCAUCGAGGUGUCGCGCCUGGACGGGCGCUACGGCGCCGUGCUGCUCGGCUCUGGCCUCCAGGAGCCCCGGGCCCUCGCCGUGGACCCCCCGAGAGGGUACCUGUACUGGACGGACUGGGGCAAGCAUCCGCACAUCGGCCGCGUGGGAAUGGACGGGUCCAACCGCAGCGUGAUCAUCGGCUCGCACAUCACCUGGCCCAACGGACUCACGCUCGACUACGUCAACGAGCGCAUCUACUGGGCGGAUGCGCGCGAUGACUACAUCCAGUUCGCGGACAUGGACGGAGCCAACCGGCACACAGUCGUGAACCAGGACAUCCCGCAUAUCUUCGCACUGUCGCUCUUUGAGGACCACAUCUACUGGACGGACUGGGAGUCUAAGACGGUGAACCGAGCGCACAAGAGCACGGGCGCUGAUCGGACGAUCAUCAUCAAAACCCUGCACCGGCCCAUGGAUCUGCACGUGUACCACCCAUCUCGCCAGCCUGACGUCCCCAACCAUCCUUGCAAGACGAACAACGCGGGCUGCAGUAACCUGUGUCUCGUGUCGCCCGGAGGGGCGUACAAAUGUGCCUGUCCAACCAACUUCUACCUGGCCAACGACCAUCACACCUGCCUGUCCAACUGCACCGCCAGCCAGUUUGUGUGCAAGAACGACAAGUGCAUCCCGUUCUGGUGGAAGUGCGACACGGAGGACGACUGCGGAGACCGCUCGGACGAGCCGAGCGACUGCUCGAAGUUCAAGUGCCGCCCUGGCCAGUUCCAGUGCAAGAACAGCGUCUGCACGAACCCUGCGUUCAUCUGCGACGGCGACAAUGACUGCGGGGACAACUCUGAUGAGCACAACUGCGACAUCCACGUGUGCCUGCUCGGCCAGUUCAAGUGCCAUGCCACGAACCGCUGCAUCCCGGGCAUCCUGCGCUGCAACAGCCACGACAACUGUGGCGACGGCGAGGAUGAGAAGGGCUGCCCGGUGGCGACGUGCGCUCCGAGCCACUUCCAGUGCCUCACGAGCCGGCGCUGCGUCCCGCGCGUCUGGGUCUGCGACCGCGAUGACGACUGCGGUGACGGCUCCGACGAGCCGGCCAACUGCACCCAGACGAUGUGCGGCGCCGAUGAGUUCCGCUGCAAGGGUACGGGCCGCUGCAUCCCCGACCGGUGGAAGUGCGACGGGGACGACGACUGUGGCGACGGCUCCGAUGAGCCCAGGGACGAGUGCGAGGACAAGACGUGCGAGCCUUACCAGUUCCGCUGCAAGAACAACCGCUGCAUCCCCGGGAGGUGGCAUUGCGACUACGACAACGACUGCGGAGACAACUCGGACGAGGAGGGAUGCACGCCCCGGCCCUGCUCGGAGAGCGAGUUCUCUUGCGCCAAUGGACGCUGCAUUGCUGGCCGCUGGAGGUGCGAUGGUGAUCACGACUGCAUGGACGGCUCUGACGAGAAGGACUGCUCGCUCCGCUGUGAGCAAGACCAAUUCCAGUGCCAGAACGGGCACUGCAUCCCCCAGCGCUGGCGCUGUGACAACGACGCGGACUGCUUGGAUGGCAGCGAUGAGGAAAACUGCGGAUCCGCUGUGCGCCUGUGCCCCAAGGACGAGUUUCAGUGCAACAGCACGCUGUGCAAGCCGUUCUCGUGGAGGUGCGACGGGGAAGACGAUUGCGGCGACAAUUCGGACGAGGAUGCCGACCACUGCCGAGCGUUCCAGUGCCCUCCCAGGAGGCAGUUCCGUUGCCGCAAUGACAGGGUCUGCGUGAGCCUUGACCGGGUCUGUGACGGCAUCAACAACUGCGGGGACCACUCUGACGAGGAGCACUGUGGCGAGCCGGCCCGCGGAGCUCGGGCCUGCACGGCCGAGGAGUUCAAGUGCGACAGCCUGGAGAGGAAGUGCAUCGACGUUCGUCUGCUCUGCAACCACCACGACGACUGCGGGGACGGAGGCUCCGACGAGAUGGCCUGCGGAGGAGACCCGAGGGUGAACGAAUGUCUGAGCAAUGCGUGCGGCUUCGAGGCGUCCUGCCACGACACCCUCCAGGGUUACUACUGCAGCUGCCGGCCGGGCUUCCAGUGGAAUGCGAGCAUCUCCUCCUGCGAAGACGUCGACGAAUGCCUGCACUCUGGCACCUGCUCGCAAGUCUGCAACAACACCAAAGGCUCGCACGUGUGCAGCUGCGCUGAAAACUUCGUCAAGGUCCACCACCACAGCUGCAAAGCCAAUGACUCGGAACGCACGAUGAUCUACGUGGCCGACAACAACCAGGUCCGCGGCCUGUCGCCGCAGCGAGCCAACGCGCGCUACACCCAGGUGCUGCUGGGCGACGACUCGGUGCGCGUCCACUCCAUGGGCGUGCACGUGCGCACCGCCCGCCUCUUCUGGACCAACUGGCACCUGGGCAGCAUCUCCUCGAUGGAGCUGCGCCCCGGCGCGGGUCGGCCUCGCUCCGUGCGGGACGACACGGCAGCCGUCGUGAGGCUCGAGAUCCCGGGGCUGAGGACUCCGAGCGGCGUGGCCGUCGACUGGGUGGCGGGGAACCUGUACUGGACGGACUCGGGGCGGGACGUCGUCGAGGUGGCGCAGCUGAGCGGGCAGAACCGCAAGACGCUCGUCUCCGGCAUGAUCGACGAUCCGCAUGCCAUCGCGCUCGACCCCGUGCGCGGGAAGAUGUACUGGUCGGACUGGGGGAACAACGCCAAAAUCGAGCAGGCCUCCAUGGACGGCACACGACGGCGCAACUUCGUGGAGGAGCGAGUGCAGUGGCCAACGGGACUGGCCGUCGACUACAUGAACCAGCGCCUCUACUGGGCGGACACGAAGCUUUCCGUCAUCAGCAGCAUCCGACUGGACGGCACCGACCGUGUGGUGGCCGUGAGCAUCAAGCAAGGGCUCCUGCACCCGUUCGCCAUCGACGUGUUCGAGGACCACAUCUACGGCGUGACGUACACCAACAGCCGAGUCUUCCGCGUGCACAAGUUUGGGAACGGCACGGUGGAGUUCCUGACGAUGGGGCUGAGCCACGCCACCCACGCGCUCGUCUUCCACCCGCUAAAGCAGCCGGAGGUGGCGAACCCGUGCGAGAGGAAGAAGUGCGAGCGGCUCUGCCUGCUCAACCCCAAUGGGGCCACCUGCAACUGCCCCAACGGACACUCGCUCGUGAACGGCACCUGCUUGAAGAUGCCCACGCCUACCCCGCCGGCGGACUCACUAAUCCAGGGUGAGUGCACCCUGCUGUGCGCCAACGGCGGGAGCUGCUUCCUCAACGAGCGCCGGCAGGAGAAGUGCAAGUGCCAGGCGCGGUUCACGGGGGAGCGCUGCGAUAACGACCAGUGCACGGAGUACUGCCGCAAUGGUGGCACCUGCACGGCCUCCCUUUCAGGAAUGCCAACGUGCCGCUGCGUGAAUGGAUUCACGGGCGCGCAGUGCGAGCGGAAGGUGUGCGCAGGCUACUGCCUGAACGGUGGCACGUGUAGCGUGAACCUGGGGAACCAGCCCACGUGCGGCUGCCCGGCUCCCCACACGGGAGAGAAGUGCCAAUCCACCGUGUGCGACGGCUUCUGCCUGCACGGCGGCAAGUGCGUCCACAGGGGCGGCAGGCCGGCGUGCGAGUGUCCCUCCUACGCGACGGGCGAGCGCUGCGAGGACAUCGGGGCCUGCGUCCACUGCCAGCGUGAACAGUGCAAGGUCGACGAGCGCACGGGCGAGGCGUUCUGCGACUGCAUCGGGCUGGACUGCAUCAGCUGUCCGAAGUUCUGCAACUACAAUGGACACUGCGCCACGGAUCCUGAAAGCAAGAGCCGGACGUGCAUAUGCGAUGCGGGUUUCAAAGGCCCCCGCUGCGACGAGAAAGUAAACCCCUGCGACUUCUACUGCCAGAACGGCGGCUUCUGCGAGCUCAAGUCCAGCGAUGAACCAAUGUGCAGGUGCCAGUCCAACUGGGAGGGUGUCCAGUGCGAGCGGAGCGCCCUCAGCAGGUCCACAGGCAAAGAGAGCAGCAAAACGCUGCCCGUGGCGGUGUCCGUGGUGCUGCUCAUACUGGUGCUCGUGUCUGUCCUGGCAUUCUUCUGCUACAGAAGGCGAGGGAAGCGCGCCAAGGCCUUCCAGCACCGCCGCAUGACCAACGGCACCAUGAGCCUGGAGAUCGGGAACCCCACGUACAACAUGUACGAGGGCGAGGCGGAGGCGGAGGAGGAGGACGUCGGGGAACUGCUCAACACCAACUUCACCCUCGACCCCAGCAAGACAACGAACUUCAUGAACCCGGUGUACGCCUCGCUUUACCUGGAGGGGCCGAGCAGUCGGAACUCGCUGGGCAGCACGGACGAGAAGAAGGAGCUCCUCACCAAGGGUGGCACCCAGGGAGUGCCUGGGGAGCCGGUGGUGGCGUAGCCCCGACUCCCCCGUCCGCUCCCCGCCAUGCCCGAUUGUUUUCUACUGCACUGUACAAAAUGUACAAAUCCAGAGCUACUUUUGUAUAAGAAUACAGUAUUAUGAAAACAGAAAAAAGAUGAACUGUUCCUCUGUUGUUGUUUUUUUUUUAUCGGUUUGGCACUACCUCUCUGUGAUUGUUUGCCUUAUUGGCUUUUCGAGUUGCAGGAGACGUUGAUGAUGACCGUUUCGGCCCAAAAACAAUUCCACUUGGAGAAGUGGGUGGCGCCAAGGGACGGUAGCGUCGCGGUGAGCACGCUGCCCUACGAACCCAGCGACGCAAGUUCGAUUCCUGCUCGCAACCUAACAUCCGAACCGGUCGUGCGCCUCCCCUAGGUCGACUCGUUCUCAAAUGAGCACCCGGUGCGAUGUGUAAACAUCGCCACUGGGGAGACAAAGGCGGCCGGCCGGGCGCGGUCCUGGCCACCCACCCUCUUCGUGCGCCGUGCCGGCCUUCAUAGGUGCUCGCUAACAGCGCUUUCCCCAACAGUCUGUUAAGGCUAUACGGAGGAUAUUUGUCUUUGCUUGCCAAGGGUAGUGAGUUUAGCAGUGCAGUGGGGACCAGCCAAUCAAGGUACAUGCCAGGGAGAAGUAUGUGCCAUCGUUGGUGCAGCCGGAUCCUGUCGUGGAGAAAAUUUAGUCAAUAGACGUCCGACUCCAGCAGAGGCAAAGUCGAGUAGCUGAAGUUAAUCCACUUGAAACGAUUGCCGAUCAGGUGGACAAAUCGGUUCAAACAAAAAGCAUUCAAUACGAGCAAACAUAUAGUACUGUCACGGACAUUAAAUAGAAUUAGUAGUGGCUGGGCAGUAGAGUUAUAUCGCUACCGGACGACUGAACCUUGAACAACGAUUUAACAAGAAACUGUUAUAUUUUACACGGUAAAUACUUGCAAUUAAAUGUGCCAUGUUUUAUAUACGAUAAUUGUAAAUGAUUUUUAAAGUGCUGCUGUGUACCUUUGUAAUCAUUCCAUGUCUAGAUUUUUGCUGGGUAAUUUUAUUAUGGAAUCACAGAAUGCUGAUAAUGUAUACGCUGUUAGAGGAAUCAAUUUUAAAUCCAAAAAUGUUGAAAUGUAUGACUGUUGUGCCAGUGAUUGGAAUGAGUCAUUGCACUGUGUAACUUGUGUUCGUGUGGGUCAGUGAAUGUGUGUGCAUGUGGGGAUAGCGGUAGUGUAGCGGUUAGCGAGCUGCGCUACGAACCCGGGGAUCCCAGUUUGAUUCCCGCUCACGGU